AUGGCAACCAGCACAUACAUCGACACGCGCUCUGCGUACGGGACUCGAUACUCAACUUCGGCAACUGAGGUGACCGAAUCAGAGAAGAGACGCGGAAGCCAUUAUGAAUUGUUUCUCUUAAUCCAAGAUCUACUACGGAAUGACGGAGGCAUUAUCCUGGAGUUUCCGAUUGACGAAUUGGGCCAAAAACAGCCCGUGAGCAUUUCCCUGGGAGCUGGCGGGUUCUCAUCCGUCCAGCGAAGGAUCGCAAAAGGCCACUGGGGAAAUCGCAGUGUCAUGGCCUAUAAGCGCAUCAACCCUCAUUUCGACCAGGAUGGCAGAUUUGACGACCGGCGCAUGCUGGCACAGAUUGUCGACGAGCUGAAAUUGCUGGCAACACCGGGGCUUCGUUCCCAUGCUAAUAUUAACCAGUUGAAGGGUAUCUCGUUUGAGACACAGGGGCGUCGUAGCGACGGUUGUCUAUUCCCGGCAUUAAUGUUCGAUGCGACAUCAUUCGGCACUCUGCUCGAUUUCAUCCAAGAUCCUGUUCGCAUGGUCGACGGACCCUACUGGGAGUACUGUCUGGACGUCGCGCAGGGCCUACAAGCUCUUCAUAGUCAGGGGUUUAUCCACGGAGAUGUAAAAUGCGAGAAUGUCCUUAUGUUUCCAACAAAUAAACUUCAAGGACGAAAUUGCAUAGCAAAGUUGACAGACUUUGGCUGCUCGAUGAUGAUGGAUGCGGUUGAGCCAAGACAGUACACAAGGCUAAGGGGAGUGACUAUCCCAUACGACGCACCGGAGGCAGACGCUGAAAUACAGAGCGGCCAUCUUCCAUUCACAGACACCUACUCAUUUGGACUUUUGGUAUGGCGGGUGAUUAUCGAUGGAGCUGACCCGUUUAAUGACCCGCGGUAUCGAUCUUCGACGACGGAUGAUGGUGCACGCUAUAAAUAUACUCUCAUUCGAGAGGAUAAACGGAAUGGGACCACCCUCAGCCUGGCACUAAAUCGAGUAUUUGACCCUGACCGUGCACUAUCCCCCGAAACCAGAGAUGCCUUUGGUGGGAUGCUCCGUAUUGCUCUCAGCUGUGAGGCCACAGAAAGGGACCUUGGUCGCAUAAUUCAGAUACUUACUUGUCCCCAGAAUUUCCAAAAACGAGCAUUUGGCCUCAGUCCACCAAACGCACACCUGUUGCGAGAGUUCAUCAAGUUCGAAGCAGCACGAUUCAGGGGGCACGCACAAGCAAGUCGCGGUCUGGCCGAAUGGAAGUCCAUACCACCGAACGCAGACCAGUGCUACCAUUUAAUCAUCAAGCACGGAAAGCUUGGCUCAAACUUUAUGGGCUUUGGCUUCUCCAGACUAUCGCCUAUGUCAGAAGCAAUGAGGGAUAUGCUAGUGGCGAUCGAGGGCAUAUACCGAACAUGUGGCCAGCCACUACCAGUCAUUGCGCCUACUUCUCUGUUUACAUCCGACGACCCGCUGAAGGACCCGCGAGGCGUCUGGGAUUCUAUAUUGCGCACCGUAUUCUUGAUAAAUAAGGACGCUGGUGCGAUGGUGGCGAGAUCUGUGGGGUUCUUUCGAUCAUUUUCUGUUAUGAAACCCCUCAGCCAAGCAAUGAUCAAAAUCGGUAAGACAGGUGCAUCGGAGAAUGCGGUGCUCCAACGAGCCCCGGACCCCAGAAAGGAAUCAUUCGGUGCGCUACAGGGCUUGUUUGACUUAGAUGGUGGGGUAGCAGCCGCGGACACGGUAGCAAUGAUGAACGAGGAGAUCAUACCAAAAACAACAUCACAAUCCUUUGAGCCCUCUCGCAGUUUGGACUUUCAUCUUCUGACUACUUGUCACCUGCCGUUCCCACUACAGGUACAACUCUUCGCUGAUAUCUCUUCUCGUGCACGAUCUUCGGCUACCGGUUCGAGAAGGGGACCUGCACUAAUGGAAGAGGCAAUAUGCUAUAGUAUGGGCUUCGGCGUCGAACAAGAUCAAAUUCGCUAUCUUGCCAUAUUGAAAGAGUGCGGUAAAAUCGAAUACAAGCCAGCACAACAAUCCUUGUCACAAGUUCAUACCGCUAUCGGGCUGUCCCCGGCCGAAUACAUGGAGCCUAGUCCUGCAAUAUCAGGCUCUAGUGGUACGAGAGACAAGGAGGAUGUGAUCAAUAUGACUGCAUCUCAAAUCAACCAGCGCAACAGUGAUGGCGAUCUUCCAUUGAUAGCAGCGUGCCGAGCAGGGAAUCUUGAGCUCACUUGUCUUCUAAUCGAGAGGGGGGCCGAUUGCUCUCUAAGAAAUAAACUUGGAGAGACGGCCAUCCACUGGGUAUGGAUGUUCGACGACGCCUCGUUGCCUAUGAUCGUCGCGCAACUCACUCACAGCGGCGCGGAUCCGAAUGCAGUUGCGAAAGAAAAUCGCUUAUACGCAGACGACUUCCAGUUCCCCUUGAUACAUGGUACAGCAUUGCUCCGAGCUGUUUCGCAGGGAAAUAAGGUGGCAGUACGCGAACUGAUCCUAAAUGGUGCAUCGGUUUCAGAUGCUUCAGGUCCGGUCAUCUUUCAUAACCAGCGCCAUUGGAAUUUAGACUCAGUGCAGCUCGCCUGCACAUGGCACGACCCAGAGAUCCUGGAGAUUUUGCUUGACGCUUCGCCGUUUUACCCAAUCAAUGCGGACACGGAAAUUGGCCUUGGGCUAUUAUACUUCGCAAUUCAAUGCCAGAACACGCAUCUCCGAAUGGCAAGGCACGGGUCCAGUUAUGGCUCCCAACUACAGAAAACAAUCCAAUUACUCCUUCGCCGCGGAGCAACCACUGCCGUGGACAAAGAUGGAAUGACGGUGCUUCAAUUAGCCGUUCGCAGUGAUAUGCCGGGAAUUCUAGAAUAUGUCACCACCGUCGAUACUUUUGUGCGGAACAUAGAUACGCAAGUCAACGGCAAAACUGUGUUUGACUUGGCUAUCGCUACCGGUAGACCAGCCGUCUUUGAUUCUAUCGUGCAAGCUAGCGGAAGUGUAUAUCAAGAUUCCAUGGCUGAACAUACCCUUGUCAGCACAGUCAAAUUUGCCCCCGGGAAUAGCUAUUUCUUGAGGAGGACACUAGAGCUAGGAUUGCACUCCAUUACUUCAAAUGGAAAAAAUGGGGCUCUGGUGGCUGCUUUUGAGAUGAGCCAAUGGGAAUUUGCAGAUCUCCUUAUGGAGCAUGGUGCAGAUCUUAACGGGCUUACUCACAGUAAAGGGACACAUAUUUUCGUGUCUACUGUGUUCGGAUCCGCGCUGAACAGAUCAUUUCAGAUAAGUUUAGCUGCAAAACUCGACUCCAUUUUGUCUCUGGCAGCAAAGCACCAUCAAAAACCAGAAUACCUCGUAGCACCUACUCUUCGUGCAUCCGCUCUCAAUAGGGCUGUCAGCGACGUCUCAAUUCUAGACAACGACGAGGAUGCCCGGGCAUACUCGAUUCUCCUGGAUAUAUUCCCAGGAAGCCAUCAUCUGGAGGCAAGGGACGCUCGGGGCUGGACACCACUCCACAUGGCGGCUUCCGUACGCAAUCUCGUCGCCGUGCGCGCACUUCUUGAUGCAGGCGCAGACAUCAAUAGCCUAGCGAUGUUUGAAGGAUAUCCUGUCGGACCAUCAGCAAAGGACAUGGUAUUCGGCCAGCUCUUUGCGGUAACUAACUUCAAUGAAUUUUCAUCCGCCUCGCGCAAGAGGGGAGAUCGGGCACUAGAACAGCUGAUCAAAUUAUUUUCGGAGGGACGUUUCAAGCGUAGCGUGACCCUCCGAGCUGAGCAGCGAUGGAAAGUUUCCCCACAGCAUAGAGAGGUAAUGGAUUACGUCGAAACUUAUUCAUUGAAGCCUCGUCGGUCUAUACCCUCGGACUCGGCGUUAACGUCGACGUCGGCGUCAACGUCUGUCACAGAGCAGUUCAUUGAUGCUGUGGCCUCCGGAGAGCAGGGUGAAUUCAUGAAAGGGAUUGGACAGUCGUAUAUUGAUAAGAUCCAGAAAAAUAUCCAGUGGAACGGCGUUGACAGUGUUCGUUUUCUACGCAACGAGGGGGUUCCAUUGCUGCGUGAUAUGGGGCUUUUGGAUGCUUAUCUAUGUGAUGAGCCGGGGAGAACUGGGAGAUGA